AUGACCGAGGCGCUUGCCGGCGUCCGCGCUGUCCUGAGCUGCGUCAUCGCCCAUCAAGAUGCCACGUCGUACCCAGCCGCGUGCUUUGAAGAGCACUGCACAGAUGGCUACGCCAUGCGGCUACUCCACGGCGCAGCGCCAGAUUCGCCGGCGGCGCACCGAUUGCACAACCUCAUCGAGUUUGGCGUCUCGGAAUGUCUCGAGCGGCGGUGCCUCGACGCGCUGACGUUCACGGUGCACGACACGGCGACAGGCAGUCUACGUCGGCUUGUGCUCCGCUUCGCCUACGCAGCGAGUGGCAUGCCAGCUUCGCCGAUCGUGCCCAUGCUCAAGCAGGUCGCCCUGCUGCUGGAAACGCUUCAACCGAUCCCAUCCCCUUCGUUUGUCCAGCUCACGCUGCGUCCUGAGUGCCUACCCUACCCAAGUUGGAAGCCUGCGUACUAUGUCCCGCCGUCGUCGCUUCCGCCGAACGCCACAUCGCUCGUCGACUUGCCUUUCGGGACACUGCGAACAUUGGACGGGGUGCAUAUGCAGUGCCUUCUCCAAGCAACCACCAACGCAGCAUCCGCGUCCGUGCCUGCCUUUGACGCGUACUUCGACUUGCCGGCUACUCCAGCACGGCUUGACGACGUCCUUUGCUUGCCGGUACCCAAGUCUGUCUGGCCCACGUCGUCGUGCGUCGCGCAGCCUUUGCAUCAGCGAGCGGCCACGAGCCAGCCAUGGUUCCUUCGUUAA